GAAGGGUUAAGAAGUACGUGCAGCGCGGCCCUUUCCAGUAACACAGGGAGCAGGGUUAGCAGGUGGAUAGCCGGCUGAGCCCCGCCCCGCUUCGUGACGUCAGAGACAGUCCCUUGCUUUUGCCGGCCGGGGAUUUUAUUUGGAGCUGCUGCGUGAGCAGAGAUCAGAGUAGGUUGGUGGAGCAUAAGAGCAAGAGCUUUGCUAGAGAAGAAACUGAAUAGUCGCCUCAGAUUGAACCGGUUACACGGGUUUAUUAUUCGUUGGAGCUAUGUUCGCACCCAGAGGAGUCCUGUUGUUGUGUUGAAAGUUGCUGCGGAUUUUGAAUCAGAUUAAAAGGGAAUUUCGAGUGUUUUGGGCAAAAAAGGGACUCAUUUUUUCCGUGUGUGUUUUAUCUAACUGUGGCUACGAUGCCCAUGGAGUUAACGCAAAACAGGAUCAAGAAGAUCUGGCUUCCCAGGGACGAGUUACCACAACUGCCAAUCAAUGUAGGUGGGCCCCAGUUUGCCAAUUCCCCAACUGUGAUAGUAAUGGUGGGGCUUCCAGCACGAGGGAAGACUUACAUCUCCAAAAAGUUGACUCGUUAUCUCAACUGGAGCGGCGUCCCAACAAAAGUGUUUAACGUGGGUGAAUACAGACGUGAAGCCGUGAAAGAUUUCAGCUCCCAUGACUUUUUCCGUUCAGACAAUAAAGAAGCUAUGAAAAUCAGAAGACAUUGUGCCUUAGCUGCCUUAGCAGAUGUCAAAUCCUACCUCACUAAGGAAGGUGGACAGAUUGCUGUCUUUGAUGCUACCAAUACAACAAGAGAGAGAAGAUCUAUAGUUGUUGACUUUGCCAAAGAAAAUGAGUUUAAGGUGUUCUUCAUUGAAUCAGUGUGUGAUGAUCCAGCUGUUGUUGCAAGCAAUGUUUUGGAAGUGAAGCUGUCGAGCCCUGACUAUAAAGGUUGCACAUCCAAUGAAGCACUGGAAGACUUCAUGAAAAGAAUCAACUGUUACAAGAACAGUUAUGAACCUCUGGAUCCAGAUCAGCAUGACCGGGACCUUUCCAUGAUCAUUGUGAUUGAUGUUGGUCGAAGAUUUUUGGUAAACAGAGUUCAAGACCACAUACAGAGCAAGAUUGUUUACUACCUAAUGAACAUUCACGUACAGCCUCGCUGUAUUUAUCUUUGUCGGGCCGGGGAGAGCGAAAGCAACCUAAAGGAGAAAAUUGGAGGAGAUUCUGGUCUGUCACACAGAGGGAAGAAGUUUGCUGUUGCCCUAAAGAAAUAUGUUGAGGAUCAGAACUUGAAGGAACUGAAGGUGUGGACAAGCCAGCUGAAGAGAACCAUUCAAACAGCUGAAGCACUAAAGAUGCCUUAUGAGCAAUGGAAGGCUUUAAAUGAACUUGAUGCUGGUGUGUGUGAGGAGAAGACUUAUGAGGAAAUUAAAGAACUCUACCCCGAGGAGUAUGCAUUGCGUGCUCAGGACAAAUAUCAUUAUCGAUACCCAUCAGGAGAGUCAUACCAAGAUCUGGUUCAGAGAUUGGAACCUGUUAUUAUGGAGCUGGAGAGGCAGGGAAAUGUCCUAGUUAUUUGUCAUCAAGCUGUGAUGAGAUGCCUGCUGUCGUACUUCCUGGACAAACCAGCAGAUGAAAUGCCGUAUCUCAAAUGUCCACUGCAUUCUAUGCUUAAACUGACUCCCUUUGCUUAUGGCUGCCAUGUUGAGAUUGUGCCGUUUAAUGUGGAUGCUGUAAACACACACCGAGAUCGCAUAAUAGAGGAUUGCAAGAAGGGUCCUAACCCCCUGAUGAGACGCAAUAGCGUGACCCCACUUGCAAGUCCGGAGCCAACGAAAAAAGCCAGAAUCAACAGUUUUGAAGAGUUUGCUGCAUGUUCAUCUCAUGGCUGUGCAUCCCAAGAACCACCCUCUGGACAGCCUUUGCUAGGAAAGGCUUGCCUGGCAUGAGCCAACAGGAGAUAUAAUGUUAUGGAUAAUCAGUCACAGAACUUUGGAUCCCUGAUGCUACAUUCCAUAUUCCAUUACCAAAGCUCGCCUAUUAGCUCAUUCAUAACAUAGGCUGGAAACAUGAAGAUGAUACCUGUGUCUCAUCAAACUAAAUCAGAAUGGAAUGUUGUCAGUUAGGGACGUUUAAAAAUUGGACUUGGAGUCCCAUGUCAUUUCAAUGGUGAAGUGCAAAGCAGGACUACUUGCACUCUGUUUUACAUUUUAUAUAUAUAUAUAUGUAUGUAUAUUUUUUGUGUUUUCCAGUAAUAACAAAAUGUUAUGGUUCAUUUUUAUUUCUCUGUAUAUUUUAUUAGAAAUGUUAAUUAAAUGUAUUUUAGUAAAGAGGGAAGGAAAUAUUAACACAAAAAUCUCUUGAAUCUUAAAGGGCCCAAUAUCUUUACUGCUAAUAGACUGGCAAGGAUCUUACUUUUUUACCUUGUAGAAUGUGUUAUCCCCACAUCUGCCUGACAUUCAGACUGUGGCUUGUUUUGCAAUUGAAUACCUGAUUGCAUAUAGUUUUUAGAGCAUUAAAGUGAUCACUUAAUUUCCCUUGUAAGAUAAGCAAAGUUAUAACAUAAAUUAUGUCCCCGGGCAAAUCGCAAAACUUAAUACUGUGUUUGUAUGGCCCCCUUCCGAAAUAACUUUCACCUAAACUGAAAGUGUACCUUUGUUUUUCAGGUGACCUGUGAUGAUUAGUUUUUUUUUUUUUUUUUACAUAGGUGUCCCUGAUUUGAUAACCUUUUAAAUCAUAAUAAAGCCAGCAUGAUUUCAGCACUCCAUUUUUGUUUUAGCAGCAGUUGCCAGUAAUGAGACUAGCAGGAUCUGAACCUUUGACUAACUUUUUGUUUUAUUUAUUUAUUUAUUUAAUGCCCAGUGUGAAUGUCAAAUUUAUGUGGCGGAAUGUAUUUCAGAACUAGUUUAUCUACUCCUGUUAGAACAGUAUUAUUGCUAAAUGUUUUGUGUUCCCUGUCACCUAUAGAGCCUUCUUUGUGUCUCCCUGUAUAGUCUAAAUUGUGUUGGUUAUACAGGGAUAGGCCAUUUAACUGCUUGUUUGACAUAUUCUAAUGUUUUCUUUAUUGAAUAAGGGUUUUCACUUAAUCUCAAAGAUGCAUAUUUGCACUUUAAUGGUUGGGACAGGGUUAUGAGGUGCACCUUUCUUGCACAGGUAAUGAUUGAUAGUCAUGGCAGAGACUGGGAUAGCAGAAAUGUUUGGUUGUAGCUGAUGCUUAGAGCCUUGUGGAUGUCCCAAGAUCAUAUGGUUCAUACAUAUGUCAGCUACAAUUCACUGCUGCUCUGGGGUGAUUUUGCUAUUUGUGUAAAGUAAGCACUGCUUCUGUGGGUAUAGUAACCACGGUGGCACUAGUUGGCAAAAUGUAUCUUAGCUGGCUGAUCUGAGUGGCUUUGUGUGUGAAUGUAUAAGAAUGAAGGUUGUGGUGGUUGGAUAUGUACUUCAUACAUUUAAAUAUAAAAACCUUGUGUGCAGUUAUGUUGUCUAAAAAUAUGUAAUGGCAUAUAUGUCACCAAAACUCUUAGAGAGGAACACUGGAUAGUAUGUAUGUAUGUAUAUGUGUGUGUAUGUGCAGACUAAUGGGUAGUGCAAUAUGGGAUUCUGCCCAGUUUUUCAAAUUUGCACUAUAAGGUUUCCAGUUUAUACACUUGGAUUCCAGUUGGUUAGAAAUAAGCGCUUCAGAUUUGAUCUGAUCAGCUUGUCUUUGCAAACUAAAAGUUAUUGCAAACUGAAACUAUGCCUGUCUCAGUCCUGAAAUCAGUCUCAAUAUACUUAAACACACAAAUGUCUUAUCCUAUUAUUGGUGCUGACAUAUUCUGGCUGGGCAGUGCACUAUUACUUUCUGUUGCUUACAUAAUCAUAUACUGUAUCUUCUGCUUGCUGUUCACACCAGAGGGACUCUAGCUAAAAGUACCUGUUUGACUGGCGGAAGCGUAAGAUCUUUGAUACUGUUUUCAUUGUUUGUAAGACUUGUAAUUGGUUAACAUUAUUUUUUUGUAUUUGUUAGAAUUGCUAUUUAUUUUAUGUAUGCAAGUUUGCUUAGAUAACCUGUUUUGUUUUUAUUUCAUACAUACUUUGUUUAUUGUAUUUUUUGUUUGUAUUCUCCUGGCAUAAUUAUCUGAGAUAAAAGCUAUGUGGGCUAUUGCAGGAUAUGCCGUCAGAAAUUUGUAUAUUUUGCAGUUCCUGGACCAAUAAAUUCUUGUUAAAUUAUAA